UGCACCUUCCUGCGCUACUGCAAGAGGCUGGAGCUGGGAGCCAUGGUUGUCGUCGACGUGUCCUUGGACGACGGUGCCAACUGCCAGAAGAUGCCAUCAGGAGUACUGAUUCAGCCCAUAAGGCACACCAGCUGCAAGGUCACCGCCAUCGAGCACGUUCGAGUAGAUGGCAGUGGUACCCAUGAGCUCUUCCAGGCAUGCCUGAGCGGCCUCCUCUUCGGCGCCAGGCGCUGGGUGAUGAGCAUGGCGCGACAGUCCGCGCGGCUCAGGGACGUGUUCCAUGUCACCAACUGUACCCUGGACGUCACCUCAAGGGGGAGGAAGGCCAUCAUGAAGCUGGCAGACAGUCUGCUCGCCAACUACAGCGGCAGCAUCGCCGGCCUCCCCGCGGACGCCUGGAUCGUCCAGUGCGGCGACGGCACGGAGCAAGACGUCAAAAUCGCCUACAGAAGGAACGACGACAGCAGCAACACCGCCAUCGUGUGCACGAGCGCGACGUUCCUGCUGCCGCUGCCCAUGAGGAGGGUGUUCGACCUGCUCAAGAGCAACUUGCUGCGUGUCAAGUGGGAUGUCCUGGUGCAUGGAGGCUGCGUGAAGGAGGUUGUUCGUGUGGCCAAUGGCGUCGGAAGUGAAGAUGCUGUCUCCAUCCUGCAUAUCAAGCAUGGCAGCGGGGCAAACAAGGAAACCAUGCUGAUCCUCCAGAACAGCUGCUAUGAUGCAUCUGGAUCAUUCAUGGUCUACUCCUCUCUUGACAAGCAUGUGAUGGAGAUGAUCACGAGCCCGGGCGGCGAAGAGGCGAUGAGCAACAUCGCGCUCUUCCCCGCCGGCUUCUCCCUUGUUCCCCUCGCCGACCCGGCGGAUGCUGGCUCUCCCAUUGGAGAGGCUGGGGGAACUUUGAUGACUGCAGGGUUCCAGAUUCUGAUGAAGCUGGCCCGUGGGACUGGCCUGUACCCUCGGUCGGUGUCCUCGGCAAUCCAGAUCAUGACAGAAAACAUUGCAACUAUCAAAGAUACCCUGAUGAACAGCCACCCUGUUUUCUACAAGACUAUCCAGACUCCCAACUAGACUGUAGCAGGGGAGAAGAGGGAGGUCCAAGCUUGUGGAGGCUGCUAUUUAAAACAAGAAAUUUGGAAAGGCGUCCAUCAGCUUCGAUCACCUGCAUUUCUCCCGGCAAUACCGUUUACUAUAUAUAAUAAAUUCAGUCUUCGUUCCGCCUAUUAUGAUGUGGAACUGGCGAACUGCUCUUGUAUCAAGAGCCUGUAAUAAUGUUGGUGGAACCAAACUUGUGUUAUGUGGACCGGUCAUGUAUGCUAACCUUAAGCUACUCUUUGAUUUGGUAUAUGCAUGCUAUGUUUGAACCUUUAA